AUGCAGCUCUGGAACCGCACCACUGCCCUCUACCAGCCCCAGAGGACCAUUCACAAUUAUGAGAGGCGGAAGGUACCUGGCAAAACUCGAUCUGCCCGAUGCCUACCUGCGACUGAAGAUCGUUCCAGACUCCCGUGCACUGCUAACCAUCAAUGCCCAUCGCGGUUUAUUCAGUACAACCGCCUACUCUUCGGAGUCAAUAGCGCUCCUGCUAUUUUUCAACAGAUUAUGGACAGCAUUCUGGCCGGCAUUCCUGGAGUGGCAGCAUACCUCGACGUACCAUUAAUCGUAGCUAGUUUGCAUGAUGAAUUAUGCGAGCGGAUCGAAGAAGUCCUCCAACGGAUUCACGACAACGGACUCAGACUUCGCCAAGAAAGAUGCCAGUUAUUCCUGACUUCUGUCAAGUAUCUGGGUUUCAUCUUUGAUGGCUCUGGCCGGCAUCCGGACCCUGAGAAUAUCCGCGCCAUUCAACAAAUGCCGACUACCAAAGAUGUUCCCUCACUGCCCUCCUUCUUGGGAGAAGACGCUAUCAUCGCCGCCAUCUACGUUCACGAAAGUGUCACUCAGCAGAUAUCUCAAACAGUUCGUGCGUUGCCGGUUGCAAUUUUCGACAUCAAUCGGGAAACGCCAUCAGAUAUCACACCACGGCAGGCCAUCCGCUACGUCCAAGACAAAUGGCCAAAGCCUUCCUUCACCUCAGGUCUUCAGCUUUUGAUCCAGCGACGCGAUUUCCUCUGCAUUAUGGACGGCUGCCUGAUUCCCUUGGCCACAGGCACAAUAACCCUGGUCACGGAUCCAUAUCGACUUUGCUGGAGCGACUACUCAAAAUGGCCGGAGAUCGACCCAAUGACGACGAGGACAUUGCAGGUUCUGCCAGACAUUUUUAGCCAGCUUGGUACUCCCGAAACCAUCACAGUCCACCUCCCAACUCUUCAAGGAAUUCUGUCGACAGCAUGCGAUUACACACAUACAUUCCUAACGCCACCAUCCACAGUAAAGCAGACGGGUGGAAAGUUCCGUCAACGCAUUGAAGCGAGAUCCGCUAAAAUCCCGUGUGGAAGGAAGAAUAUUCGCAAAAGCCUACAAAAUGUUUUGCUGGUGCAUCGUACAACUCCAAACGAGGCUCUACUAAAUAGACAGUCGCCAUCUGAGGCACUCAUGGGUCGAAAAUUGCGGACGACGAAUUUCGCAAUGAUUCCGGUACUGGAAAACAGCUUGGAGCCACCGAGUACGAAAUCUAACCCGCCAUUUGAAAUGGGAGCACUCGUGUACGUUCGUGACUAUCGACCAAGGCACGAACUAUGGAUCGAAGGGACAGGGCAAUUAACCAAGCACACCCUUGUUCUUUCCCAUGUCAAUUCUGCUGGCAUCACGGACGAUUAG